AUGGCCGGAGGAGACGACUUGAAGCUGCUCGGCGCUUGGGCAAGUCCAUUUGUCACCAGGGUGAAGCUUGCGCUAAACUUCAAAGGCCUGAGCUUCGAGGAUGUCGAGGAGGACCUCAGCAACAAGAGCGAGCUCCUCCUCAGCUCGAACCCGGUGCACAAGAAGGUGCCCGUGCUCGUCCACAACGGAAAACCCAUUUGCGAGUCAGUGAUCAUCGUGCAGUACAUCGAUGAGGCGUUCGCCGGCAUCGGCCCCUCUCUCCUUCCCUCUGACCCCUACGAACGCGCCAUUGCCCGCUUCUGGGCCGCCUACAUUGACGACAAGCUCGUCACCCCAUGGGUAUAG